CGCCCUCGAGGCCAGGCCGGCCGCGGCUGCGGGAGGCGGCCAGUGCCCGGCGCGAGUGGGAGUGGCGCGCGCGCCCCCCGCCGCCCCCCGCCGCCCCCCGCCUCUCCCCCGCUCCCUCCUCCUCGCUCCCUCCCUGAGCUCCCGGGCUCCGGCCGCGCGCUGGCGGGGCUCCGCAUUGCACACUCUGGGGGCGCCGCAGUGUUCGUGGGAUGGGGCAGCGGGCUGCAGCUGGCGGCCGGAAUCCGCGCGCAGCCCGGGUGCAAGUUCUCUCCCGUUGUCCUGAGUGCCCGCUCCCAGGCCCUCUGUAUGAGUGACGCUUCAGUCUGCCAUGGAACCUGGCCCUGCUCUGGCCUGGCUUCUGCUCCUGAGCCUGCUGGCAGAUUGUCUGAAAGCCGCUCAAUCACGGGACUUCACAGUGAAAGACAUUAUCUACCUCCACCCUUCAACCACACCAUAUCCUGGUGGAUUUAAAUGCUUCACCUGUGAAAAGGCAGCAGACAAUUAUGAGUGCAACCGAUGGGCUCCAGAUGUCUACUGUCCUCGAGAGACCAGAUACUGCUACACUCAGCACACAAUGGAAGUCACAGGAAACAGUAUCUCAGUCACCAAACGCUGCGUCCCACUAGAAGAGUGCUUAUCCACGGGCUGCAGAGACUCCGAGCAUGAAGGCCACAAGGUCUGCACUUCUUGUUGUGAAGGAAAUAUCUGUAAUUUGCCACUGCCCCGAAAUGAAACUGAUGCCACAUUUGCCACGACAUCACCUAUAAAUCAGACAAACAGGCACCCACGCUGUAUGUCAGUGAUAGUGUCCUGUUUGUGGUUGUGGUUAGGGCUCAUGUUAUAGCAGCUCAAUGGCUCCAUGUGUUAAUAGCAGUCCAUGGGGAUCUUGAUGGUCCACAGUCCUGCAUUAGUCAAUGGCCUGACAGUAAUUACACAUGUGAGACACAACACUCUUGGAGGUCAUCACAGCCAAGCAUUGCCACUUUACAUGAUCAUGGAAUAAAUGUUGCUUCAUUGUAGCCAUUUUGAGUCUAACAAAGACCCAUCAAAGCCAGCCUUCUGUCAAUACAGCCUGAGUUAUAUAACACAAAACUUUGUUUUCAUUCCAAGAAGUACUCUGCAAUUUAUCGAGAUCUAGGGUUCUUAAUUUGGAAGAAUGCACACAUGAGAUACAGGGGGUCCUGAGACUUUCUAAGAUAUGAGUAUGUUAUAGGAGCAUGUAUAGAUGUGGGAUUUCCAGGAGAAAAGUCAAGAACCAUUGGUUUAAACAUAAUCAUGAAUUCACUUGUAGCUUUAGAAUUUUAAAACAUUGACUCCAAAAUGAAUGGACUGUGUCCCUGGAGAUUCUGAGUCCCUGGAAGAAUAGUAAUUCCAACAAUUCCAGCCAUUUGUUCAAUUAAUUUUCCCAACAUUCUCCCAGUGCAGGGAAUCACAUUCCCUCUGUUCUGUGCAGAAGACAAAAAGGCAGUCUCAAAAGUUUUUUAUAUUUGUGGGUGUGCCUGGAAGAAGAUUUUCCCCAACUUAAUGGAGCCAGUGUCCAUAAACUGGCUGUGUUAUCCCUUCAUAGACUAGGUGAGAUCAGCCUUCUUCUUGACUUGGCACCUAAUUAUGCUUCAUGAGAUCCUAGAUUCCACCUAGGUCAAUUGUGUCCAGAGCCCCAAAGCAGGAUGGAGUUGUUUUCCCCAGAUAUGGAGUUCUAUUCGGCCAUAGAUAAGCUAGACAGGAUUUCAGAAUGAAAGGACAAUGUGUGGAGAUUAGUCCUAGUACAUUCUGAGGGCCCAUUAGAUGGCUCAGCCAACUUCUUAUGGCAUCUGCAGUUCAUACUGCCAAAGAGCCCCCACUUCCAAAUGCCCAGUGACUUUAGGGAGAAGAUUCUGCAUUAAAUUGUCUUUAGAGUGAUAGGGAAAGAAGGCAUAAUAUGUGAUGAUGAGAAGGUAGACCAGUGAGGUGAUUGCAGGACUACCAAGGAGGCUCAAUGGGAAGUUUUCAUUUCUUUUAGAAAUUGUUUUUGAAGUAAAUGGGAAAAUUUUUGUCAUCCUUCCUGUAUUUUUGGUACCCCAAGUUACAGUUUUUCUUCUUCCUUGUAAAUAAUUUAAACAGUAUUUAUUUUUGUAUGGCAUAACUAGAAACUAAAAUAUAUUCUAAAAAAUUCUUUAUUCUGAACAAAGUGAUCAAAUUAGAAUACAUAUUUUUCAACAGUGGUAGAGCUUUUAAUAUAUGUUUAUUGAAAGUUAUCUAUACUACUUUCACCAGUGUUGAAAAAAAGUUAACAUGUUUUGAGCAAGAGCAAUAUGUUUGCCUCAAGGAUUUUUCUCAUGGUUUCUUCAGUGAUGGUGUCCUGGAAUUAUUCAGGUGGUGACCAUCACUGGUCUAAGUUUCUGUGUAGUGUUGCGGGAUGUGUUUGUGUGAAACUUGGUAGAACCAUAGCUAAUAAAGAGGACGGUGUUGUCAAGGUCCAUCUGCCCUCCAUAGAAAAAUGUCUCUGGCUCAUAAAAUGAAACUCCCUCAGGGACUAAAUAUGAACCUGACAGCAGUAGCUCUGAUACAAAAUAAUCUAAAUUGCAUCAAAUGGCCUUAAUUCAGAGUUUGUUAGGCUUAUCAAUGUGUUGCUUUUAAUUGGGGUGGGAAAGUAGAGAGAGAGAGAAAGCAAGACAUUUAUUAAGCACCUCGUAUGUGCCAGGCACUAUGCUAAGCACUUUACACAAGUUAGGAUUAAUCUCUGCAAGAAUCCUAUAAGGAAUGUUACUAGUAUUUACACUUUACACAUGAAGGUACCAAAACUCAAAAAAAUGCAAUGAUGUGAAGCUGUUUCCUUCAGAUUUAGGUUAUGUGGGAUAAGGUGGGAUUGAAGAGAAAAGAAAGGUGGAAUUAUCCCCCUAGGAAAACUUUCAGGCCUGACUUCAUGGGAAUUCAUCCAUCUUGUCAUGUGGAGUUUAUCUCACCCUGCUGUUGCAGGAUGUCAUUUGCAUGUGUCCCCAGAUUUUUUUUUUUGAGGAGUUGGGGGUUUGGCUUCCUCAUUCAUCCCUCUUGCUAAAAGAGGAGAUAGUUGAUGUUGCAUCUAAAGAUGCUAUAAGACAAUGAAAAUUUGAUGUUGUACAUAUCUACAAGUACCAUUUUUGUGCAUGAUUACACUCCACUGACAUCUUCCAAGUACUGCAUGUGAUUGAAUAAGAAACAAGAAAGUGACCACACCAAAGCCUCCCUGGCUGGUGUACAGGGAUCAGGUCCACCAUGGUGCAGAUUCAGCCACCACCCAGGGAGUGCUCACAGACUCUGCAUAGAUGUUGCUGCAUGCAGCCCAUGUGCCUGUCAGAAUGGCUUGUGUUUAAUUCUCUUGAAAGAAAGUGAUUUGCUGACUAUUCCCAGCCUCAAGGAGCCAAGGAAGGGUCAUUCAUGUGGAAGGUCCAGGACUGGUCAGCCAUCUGACUUUUCUACCACAUUAAAUUUUCCAUUAAAUCUCACCAUUGGUAAUGGCUUAAGUGUAAAGAGCCAUGAUGUGUAUAUUAAGCUAUGUGCCACUAUUUAUUUUUAGACUUUCCACAGCAUUCAUGUCAAUAUGGGAUUAAUGCCUAAACUUUGUAAAUGUUGUACAUUUUGUAAAUUAAUGAAUAAAGGUUUUGAGUGUAUCUUACCAGGCUCCUCCUUGCAAAUGCACAUGUCAAUCAAUGAUUAAUGUACCCAGGUUAUGCAUAAGGCAUUGGGCUUAGUGCCACAGGGAAAUUCCUUCCAGAGGCUCGCUUUUUAGUUGUAUAGACAAAAAUAUAUGCACGAAAAGAUACAAGGCAUUUCACCCAUGCCAAAUGAUUCAUACAGGCUGUUUAAGUACUGCAGAAAACAAAAGAAGGAAAGAUUCUAAGACUUUUCAAUAAGGUCUACAGCUUCCCAAGAGCAUGUCUUUGUUAAAUCAGGAAAUAUAAAAAUUGUGUGUGUGUGUGUGUGUGUGUGUGUGUGUGUGUGUGUGUGUAAAUAUACCACCCCCCCAUUGACUAUUUUUAAAUAUUACUCUAUUUGAGGUGCUGUGUUAAUGAUGAUAAACCAGAAAACAUUUUCUCCUGGUUUCUUCUGCAAUAGAAAAUAAAUAUUGGAAUAGUGCACAUAUCAUUUUUAUCUAUACAAUGAAUUUCUUAUAUUGUUCUUAGUAAAGUGAUAGACAUUGAAAGCAA